AUGGGCAGGCUGCGGCUGGUGUCCCACAACACAUUAAAACUCUCUGAAGGGCCUCUUUGUGGACCCGUGCCCCCACGUAAGCCUUCCAAAGAUCGGACCGCAUUCAGCUUACCAGCACAAGGGAGUGCGUAUAUGUCGAAUCUAAACAAUCCAGCAUCGAUGUCACAAAGUCCGUUCACCAGUGCACCAAACACAUUUGGCGAAACAACCAUAUUAUCAAACAAUGCCAUCAACAACUCGAUAAAGCCAACCGGAUUUAUAAAUGGAAAUUCCAUUUUAUCAAACGAAUUAAAUGCCAAUGCCAUCAACAACAACUUACUGGCCAACAAUAUCGCUGUUUCUGGCAUUAGCGUGCCCAAUCCUGCCAUAAACAACAUUCAAGUGACCCCGUGUAUAUCAGAAGUCGUGCCAAACUUACAGUAUGGUGAUAUUAAUAUGGUUGGGGAUCUGCCAAUUGGUGGCACGAUUAAAGUCAGUGGUUGUUUUCCCGUUUAUGGCAUGAUCGCUGUUGAUGGCAACGUGCCAUCCUCUGGCACCGCUGUCGUGUCUGAGUCUAUAGGUAACCAGAUAAACAUGAAAAUCCCUUUUGUCAUAGUAGUAAUAAUUGUUACGUUAUUACAAAACACGAACGCCAGAGGGCCCAAACGACCGCCGAACCAAAAAGCCGUGAUGUCAGCACUUCAAAACGUCUUCUCACAAGGCAACACUGAAAGGGCAAUGCAAAUAAUGCAAAUGGCCAAACGACGGACGCUAAUGGAAGAAAUGCCUUGUAUGCAAAAAUUGCCUGGUCCCAGGUCACCUGGCAAUCCACAGUUACCACAGUGCCAAUGCCAGAAGAUGGAAUCGCCCCCUAAUAUCCAAGUCUGUGCCAACCCACCUCAUGUUCCUAUGAAUAGACCGGAAUGUAUUCCAGCAAAUUUGCCGGUCAGAGCUGAGGUUAUGCCUUCAAAUUUACCAAUGAACAUUCCCGAGGUUGGCGUAAAUGUGCCUUGUAAUAGACCUGAAGUUAUAACCAACCUACCUUGUAAGAGACCUGAAAUUCUUACAAAUAUACCCUGUAAUAGACCUGAAAUCCUCACAAAUGUACCUAUGAGAAGACCUGAAGUUAUACACGUCCCCGUCCCUUAUCCAGUUCCUGUGAGAGAAUCUUGUCCUGUGAAGGAAUCCUGCCUUCCACCAUCUCUGCCCUUGAGUAGUCCAUUUCUACCUGCAGCUUCUCCAGUAUCUGCUUGGGCUCCACCAACUAGCAGUUUGCUACCACCAGUAAUCCCAAGCCAAACGAGAAACCAUUUCUUACGAAAAAUACCAAUCCCACCACCGUGUAUUUAG